AGCGUUGACGGGACUUGUUUGGGGUACAUAUAUCUGGCUCAAGUCGCUGUUCCGGAUAUGCCAGGUCCAACUUAUUACUUGAAUGGCAGUCUCCAACAAAAUCCUCAUGCCACUGGGCCAGCGCUCAUGAUAUCAUUAUGUCGAAGUCACCUAAAAGAGCUCGUGCUGUUGUGAUGACUUGCUUCCUUUCCUCCGUCCAUACUGGGCCCUGUGAUGCCCAGCUAUGCUCAAGCCCGAGUCUCAGAGGCCCUUGAUCUGAUCCACGCGGCAGCAUAUAACUGUGGCGUACUCCGUCCGGGGGAUUUAUAUCACGCACACAAACGUAGGACAAAUUUCAGCUCUUCCUUUUGGGUCAGCUCCUCCUUCCUAGCUGCUUUCUUGCCCCCGUCGGCUGUAAGCAGGGUCGGUAUGUCGGAAUUGGAGAACAUAUAUGGCGGGUUCUUCGUCGGACUGGUGCUGAAUGCGAUUUUCCACGGUUUUACUACCGUGCAGAUUUGGCUCUACUACCGCACGUACACAAACGACCGCAUCUGUGCCAAAUUAGUUGUCGGUUUCUUGUGGCUCCUCCAGACGUUCCAGGUGUCGAUUGCGACCUAUUCUUCGUACAGAUCCUUGGUGGGACAUUUCGGAGUUCUCAUGUCGCAUUCGUCAUGGAAAGUUCCUGUUGGCACUGACUCUGUUAUGUUCUGACUUGCCUUCCAAUAGGCACGAUGCUAUUUACGUGCCCAUUGCGGUGCCCACUUUCAAAUCAGCCAACGUCCCACUCGACUGACGUUAUCACUCGUUUACAGGUCAUCAGUUCCGCUAUUGUCCAAUU